AUCCCUGUCUCCUGUACAAUGUCACGAACCUCAUUCCAUAGUUCAUCAGGCACUCUAUCUAUCAGAUCUAGGCCCUUAAAUCUAUUUCUCACUUAUAAUCAUAAAUGCUGUGAGGCUUGGCCGAAAAGACCAAAAAGAAAUAAAGAGCCUUUGAUACAUCUGCUAAGGGUCAACAGGGAGAAAAUUAAGUCUCCUAGCGUCCAAGGUGUUUGCAAGGUGUUUCUCCUAAAACAGAACUUUCUUUUAAUAGCCAACAGAAAAACAGCAACUGCAGCGAAACUGCACAGAUUGCUUGGUCCUCAGCCGGGGAGCCCUCAGGCCCGCCUUGAACACGCGCAGAGGCGGGGCCCCCCAGGCGCCAAGGCAGGCAGGCCGGAGCCCCGCCCGCACUCCCUACCCUCCUCUUGCAGUCUCGCUACACCCUGCGUCUCCUGUGAAUAUUUCAGUGUUUACAGGUGUGCUGGUUGCUUCACGCUCCUGGCCCCGCGUCCUAGGAUUUCCUGUGUUGCAGAGUCGCUGUGGGUCUGGUUGCUUGCAGCUGGUGCUAAUAAGGCCACCGUCUGGGUUCAAUCCCCAUCCGGGCCAGUUCACUGUGCUCCGCGGCCUGAGGCUGAAGCUCCGUGUUCACUUCUGGUCAAGGGCACGUGGCAAAGGGGGCGGGCGACCUCUCCGGGAGGAAGUUACUCCCCAUGGUGUCUUCACCGCUGCAGAAGUCAGCACGGUUUUCUCCAGGAUUCUCUCCUCUCUAAGGAGGCCAAGUACGGAGAGAAACACGCAGGGAGAACCCCACACGAUGAUAAAGGCAGAGCCUGGAGCGACACCUCCACGCUAAGGAGUGCUGAGGACGGCUGACAG